AUGUCACUCUAUUGUGCUGGUACCUUCUGUACGGCAUUUAUCGUCGGAGCGGCAUAUACGCUAGCUUUCUUCUCCCCGAUGGAUGAAGCAUGUAUAGCGGCCGUCUCCGCAGCUGUAUCAACGAGCGGCAGUGUUUAUUUGUUUAUAAUCACCGACCAGAAGAAGCGCGAGUUACUGCCGGCCGACUACACGUUGAGCAAGAGAUACCAAUUGUACGAGAACGUGAAGGCAGCAAAGGUGGCGUUCUGCGUGCUAAUGAUGGUCCAUAAUGCUUUCUACAUGUGGACAAUGACAUUUAUGGGCUACCUGAGCAGCCCGAGAAUGGUGAAAAUCGCGCGUGAAUUGGCUGGCAAGGAGUUGGGCAGAUUAUUAAAGAUCAUCAGCCCCAAAACCUAUCGCUAUUUCGCGAGAAAAGUUGGUGAAGGCGGUGAGGGAACUCUACCUCGGCGCCAAGCAAGACGACUACUUUGCGCAGCUCGACGCUCAAUGGGCGUAUCAGCCCCGAGCAAGCUCGAUUUAAUCAUUACGGCAACUAAU